CAUUGGUUGUCAACGGCUCUCCGCGAGGAGAGCACCCGAGAAGGGAGGGGGGAGGAACGGACCCCCUCCGUUCUAACGGGCCUGAUUGGGCGGUUGGGGUUCCAAAGGGGUGUGGCUGGCUUUGGCCGAGGGUUAUAAAAACGUUUGCUGGGCACCGGCCACCCUCAUUAAAGUGAGGGUGGCAUAAGCGAGUUGGUAACAGCGUGGAGAAGGAGGAGGGUGGGGGGAACAUCUGGUUUCCCCCCCGUAAAUGCAUGGGAAAGGUGGAACUUCUUAAACCCUAGUAUCUAGCGUUUUUUCAAUAGGGGUAGGGGGCUCCUGAGCCAGGUUAGGAGUAGGCGCACGAUAUUUUAGGUUUAGACUAAGGUGCGUAUGUGAGCCCUCUAAAGGUUGUGCUGUUCUACAAUCCUGUGCAGACCCUACACAAUGAAUUCCAAUGUAGAAAAUUUGCCUCCCCACGUGAUUCGGCUGGUCUACAGGGAAGUCUCCACUCUGACCUCAGACCCACCUGAAGGCAUCAAAGUAUUCCCUAAUGAGGAGGACAUCACAGAUGUGCAAGUCACCAUUGAAGGACCUGAGGGUACCCCAUAUUCUGGUGGCCUCUUCCGCAUGAAGCUCAUCCUCGGCAAAGACUUUCCAGCCAGCCCACCCAAAGGCUACUUCCUGACCAAAAUAUUCCACCCCAACGUGGGGGCCAAUGGCGAGAUCUGCGUCAACGUCCUCAAGAAGGACUGGAAAGCGGAACUGGGCAUCCGACAUGUCCUGCUGACCAUCAAGUGUUUGCUGAUCCAUCCCAAUCCAGAAUCGGCCCUGAACGAGGAAGCAGGGCGCCUCCUGCUGGAGAACUAUGAGGAAUAUGCCUCCCGGGCCCGCCUCCUGACGGAGAUCCAUGCCCAGCCUUCGUCCGGCCUGCGCACCAAGGACCCUGCCGAGCCUUGCUCUUCUUCGGCCGGUGCCUCUGGGGAAGGCCCCAUGGCUAAGAAACAUGCAGGCGACAGGGACAAGAAACUGGCCUCCAAGAAGAAGACCGACAAGAAGCGAGCUCUCCGGCGGCUUUAGGGGCCAGCGGGGACGGGGUGGGGUCUGGCGCACAGGGUGGGUGGGUGUGGUGGUUCCACAAGUACAUUCUCCAUUUCUCCUCUCUCUUCCUCUCCCACCUUCACGUUGAGGCUGCAGUCCAAGUCUGUCUCGCCCUUGUCAGAUUUUUCUUCUUUUCCGUCUUUAAGUUAUUUAAAUUAUAAAAGCAGGAAAAUCUAUUAAAUGCCUUUUUUUUCUUAAGAAGGCUCUUAAUGUUUGGUUGUGCCAUCAUCUAAAACCAGCGGCCCAUGUUGAGAAUGCUCUGCCCUUACCGUUAAAAAGGAUGUUUAAUAGAAGCGCAGAGGAGCAUUGAAAUAAGAGGAUCGGAAAUGGGGAGCAUCUUCCUUUUUGACGGAGGGCUUUAAAAAGAGGUUGCUGCUUUGUGGUUUAGGGGGGGGGGAAGAUAUCAAAGAAGAGACUUUAUAGAGGUAGAUUGUGAACCGUGAGGAGCAGGUAAAGGGAAAGAGGAUUCUUUACUGUUGGACUUCAGGAUUGCUUUGCUGAAAUUGGUUGAUGAAGGAUAACAAGAAUGUUUCUCUGCACAACACAUAAUUCAGGAAUUCAUUGCUCCGAGUUGUGGCUUUGACCACUAACUUAGUUGUUUGUUUUCAAACGGAAGCUAGGCAAAUCUAAGCAAAGAAGGGUCUUUCGAUGUGUGUGCUAGCCAUGCAAGCUAAAUGUGACCUCUGUUUAGAGGCAGUAUGUUGGGGUGGCCUUGGGCUUUCCUGGGAACAUCUGGUUAUCUGCUUUUCAGGCCUUUGGCGUGAUCCAGCAAGGGAGUUCUUAAGGCAAGUCAGCCGAGCAGAGUGAUCGCCCUCUGUGUCCAAAUGAAUUCACUCAUUCAAAAUACUGGUCUCUGCAUCCCUUACCACCGCGGCCCCUUAAACUGUCCUAUGGCACCGGUGUUAAGCUACCUUGAUGUGGGACGAGGUGAUGAAUGCUGGGAUUUGUUAUGACACGAGGGGCAUCUGAGCUGUUCCACACAUUAGCUGGCAAGUACUUAGGUGAUUUAAUGGAAUGUAUGAAUUUCUUCUCCCUCCAUCAGGGUCCCAGUUGUAUGCAUUUGUGUCAUAAAAAUGCAGGUGUAGCUUGGGACAAUACUAGUACGGUUGUCCUUACCCAGUUCUGUAGUUUACACACACACCCCACUCAGCAGUACGCAACAUGCCAGCAGCAUAAGGUAGCCCACAUGGUUUUUUAAGGGCCUUGUGGUGCACCCUCUGGCUUGGGACAGUAGCAGGCAGUCAAGGGGCUGUUUGGUUUGACAGGUCUCCACAGUUCCUUGUAUGCUAACGUGCACACACAUUUCUCAUGGGCUAUACCGCAUGGUGUGCGCUUCUUUGUGCACACAGAACGUUAACAACUGUCUUCCCUCCCACAAUUGCCACAACAGGGCUAGGGGGAAAACAGAUCUGGCUUUUUAGAAGUGUUUUUCUUCCUCCGUAGUUUUUCCUCUGUAGCUUAUAUUUACUAUUUUAUUAAAUAAUUUUUAAUAAUGUU